AUGCAGGACGAGGCUGUGCGGGCGGCACUGGCAAGUGGUGCGUGGCGCGAGAAGAAGGACCCUAAGUCUGGCAGGACGUACUACGUCAAUGCGCAGACACGGACUUCUGUAUGGAACCUGGCAAAGGAGCUCGCGAAGAUUCCACAACAACAACAACAGGAACAGACAAAGGAGAAGUCACAGAACAUUGCGGCGGAGCUGCAGGAACAGGCGAAGCGGUGGCAGGAGGAAGAGGCUGCGCUGAUGCAGCACAUCACUGACCUGGAGCGGGAGAAGGUGCGGCUGGAGAGUGAGAUCUCUGUUCUGCUCGGCCCCACCGAAACUGAGGCGACAGCACUGCGAGAGGAAGAGAAAUGGCUGCGCGACGCGAAACAUAGUCUUGAGGUUGUCGUAGCGGAGGAGUUGCAGAAACAACGGGAACAGACAGUGGAGCUGCAGCAGCUCCAGGCACAUGUAGAGAAGCUGCGCCUCAAGCGGAAACAGGAGCUAGAAGCAUUUGAAUCGCUGCGUAAGCGACUAACGUUGCUGCAGCAGGAGCAUGCGGAGGCACUGGCGGACCUCCGCCGUGAGGAGGACGCACAUGCCUCGCUGGAGGAGGAGCAUCGCAAUGAGACGCGUCAGCUGGAGAACGCUUUGCGUGCGGAGGCACGUGUGAAGGAGUUAAUUAAGAUGCGUGCAGCGGAGGUAGAUCGUAUGAAGGCGGAACUGAAGGCGGUGUGCGAGCGCAAGGCUGAACUGCAACAGCACCACCAGCGUCUGUCCGAAGAGGUGGCGGACGGGUCGAUGGGAGCCGCGACAGAUGCUCUGCAGGAGGGGGCGUCCCCGGUUUCCCCUCUGUUACUCUCACGGCUCCAGCGUGAGGUGGCGCGGCGGAAGAAAAGCCUGCAGCAGUUGAAGCAGCAUCAGCGAGUUGGUGAGGAGGCGGAGUGGAUGCGGUGUGAGAGUGCCGAGCUGCGCCGUGUCGCGGCCUCGGCGGAGCGCGAGGCAAAACAGAUGGCGCUCUUCUUAGCGGAGCUGCGCGCGCAGGUGCAGGUGGUGGCCCCACUGGUGGAGGCGGUCGCGCGUGACGUGCAGCAGCUGGUGGCAGAGUCAGGGACGUAUCGCUGA